UUGGCCUGAACGCUGUGGGGUUAGCUCAUUCCAGUUUAGCUUCUUGUUUUGUACACAACCAUAGCUCUCUUUUUGAAAAUCAACCGAAAUCAUUUAAAAAUUCCAAAUUCUAAGAAAUUUGGAAAUUUUUUUUUAAAUAUCUCUUGCCCACGAAUUAACACUCCUUUGGAAAAUGUGCUGUCAAGCAGCGUGUGGAUCGGUCUCUUACGCCUUGUCCUACGGCCCUGUUGGACCCGCGCUUCCGGCCAUGAACUACUCGAGCUGCUGCUGCGGUCCAAAUCCUCCUUGCGGUCCCUGGACUUGCCCGCCAAAUAGAUGUUGCUGUGCAGGCGAGUGGGGAUGCUUCGGACCAUUCUACUAAGGAUCACUUCCGCGCGAUUAUGAGGCAGAUAAUGCAAAAUGGGUUGGGAAAUUGGGCUUUGGGAUUGUGUACAAAACAAUAAAUUUUCAGUUAAGCAAA